GUCUCAUCACACAUCACAUCGCUUAGGAAGAUACUGCUACAACACCGUGCCAGCAUCCCGAGAUCUUGCCAGUUCUGCAUCGCGCUUCUUCUCGUUCUGCUAUUCUUUCGAUACAUCAGCAGAUGUCAUGUUGCCCCUGCGAGGGCACGCAUUGUCUGCCCGGGCCACAAAGCUCUAUUCAACAUGGCGUCCCACAGCCAAUGCCCCUCUGAGAGCAGUGCACAAACGCAACAUCACAACUCAGCAGCUAGACGCAGAGCGACAAGACCGGGAACGCAUCAUCGUACUAGGGUCUGGGUGGGCUGGGUACACUCUCGCCCGAGAUCUGGACCCGAAGAAGUACCAGGUCGUCGUGAUCAGUCCAAGGUCAUAUUUCGUCUUCACUCCGCUGCUCGCUGGUGCAUCCGUAGGCACACAGGAGUUCAGGACGACCCUGGAGCCCGUGAGAACUCGUCGGUCGAAAAAUCACUUCUUUCAGGGAUGGGCGGAUGCGGUCGAUUUGGAGGGGCAGAGCUUGACCAUUGAGGAAGCUGUCGAGGAUCCGUGGCAAGGCCGAUCACUCACAUUCGAUCGACAUGCACACGAAAGCGAAGCUCAGCGAGCACACGAAAAGCAAGUUGAGGCGAAGAAAGGGCAGUUGUUUGAUCUUAAAUGGGACAAACUGGUCAUUGCCGUCGGCUGCUACAAUCAAACCUUCAACACGAAGGGCGUCCGAGAAAACGCAUUCUUCCUGAAGGAUGUGGGUGACGCCAGGAGAAUCCGCAAUCGGGUGCUCGAGUGCUUUGAGACCGCGGCGCUGCCCACGACAUCAGAUGCGAUGAGGAAGCACCUGCUCAACUUCGCAGUCGUGGGCGGUGGUCCGACGGGCAUCGAAUGGUCCGCCGAAUUGCACGAUCUCAUUCAAGAGGACAUGAAACGCAUCUACCCUGACCUCGUCCAGCACGCACAAAUCACAGUCUACGACGUGGCCCCCAACGUACUUAGCAUGUUCGAUGAGCGUCUGUCGCAGUACGCAAUGGCGCAAUUCAAUCGACAAGGCAUCAGCAUCAAGACAUCACAUCACAUCGAAGACCUCAGAGUUGGCGCGCCGGAAGCAACAAAGCAACAUGGUGACGUUGGCGACAGUGCAUCAUGCUACACUAUCAAAAUCACAGAGGAGGGCGAGAUUGGCAUCGGGAUGUGUGUGUGGUCGACUGGACUGAUGAUGAACCCGUUCGUAAGCAAUGCGCUUGCGGGUAAAGUAAAGCGACACGAUAAGACCGGCGGUAUCGUCACCAACGAGCGACUCCAGGUCAAAAAGGACGAUGAUAGUGCCCUACAACACGUCUACGCUCUUGAGGACUGCGCCGUCAUCGAAGACACUUCCUAUCCUGCGACUGCACAGGUAGCCUCGCAGAAGGCAGGCUGGCUGGGCACCCGCUUCAACAAGGGCGACAUUGAGCAACAGAAAUUCACAUACAAGAACCUCGGCGUGAUGGCGUACCUUGGGAAUCGAAAUGCUAUUCUUCAAAGCGACGGAGACGACAUCUCUGGACGAGUGGCGUGGUUCAUUUGGCGGUCGGCGUAUCUGGCGAAGAGCGUGAGCUGGCGCAAUCGGAUACUCAUCCCGACGUAUUGGUUCGUCAAUUGGUUGUUUGGCAGAGACGUUUCAAGAUUCUGAAUGCGACUCUAUCUCCCUAUUCAACGCUGGCUAUCCGUUCAUUCCUACGGAAGCUAGAUGUCCACACUCAUCCCUUACUGCGGGCCUGGGUUGCCUUGUUGGGCGCCGCCCUGGCCACCAAGCUGGUUGUUGAUUUGUUUCUAAGUUGCAAUCAGCGCAAGCAUAAGCAAUGUCAGAAGAUAUCAAGCCUUACAUCCGCAACCUUAUCAAUCUUCG